CAUGAACAAGGCGAUGUCCACAAACUGUUCCAGCUGUUGUAUGGAACACUACCACCUCCUCCAUAACACCGAAAUACAAGUUAGCCUAAGGGUGCUGACAGGUCAUCCCCACCGCUGUACAUAUAUCCAGUCACAAAAGAAAGUUUUGCAGUUCAAGAGUCCGGCGCAAGUCGAAGCAGAAACGCGGAAAACAACACGGCAACAUGUUGGGAAGCACCAACGCGGACACCGUCGGGCGGCAGGACGUGAAGGAAGCCAUUGCCCGUUCUCAGGCAGUGCUGAAGGUCGCCAACAAAUAUAGAGUCGCCCUGUGGUCACUGGCAGGGGUCAUGCAGGACAUGUCCGAGGUGUUGGUGGACUUGGGGAGAUGUAAAGCGGUCAGGGUGGCCGAGAAGACGAAGGCGCACGGGCUGCAGCAGGACGCCGUUCAGCACUGUGGGGAGCUACAUUUGACAAUGUCGAAGCGGUUUAGGGAAAUCGGAGACUGCGUGCAUAGAGAAUUAGAAGAGCCUCUGCAGAACAGCAUAGAGGAGCACGCACAAACGGUCACGGCGAACGAGAAACGUUUACUACAGAUGGAGAGGGAGAUCCAGGAUAAGAUCAAAAAAGCCGAAGUCAAAUCGAAGAAAAAGUGGAUGCGCGACAACACACAGACCCAGCAAGCAGCAAAGGAUCACGCUCGGUAUGUCGCAGAACUGUCGGAUCUGAAGUUCUUCAACCAGAACAUCAUAGUCGGGGAAGAGGCGCGGAAUCUGCGGGUGAUGGAAGGGCAUUUGGCAAAGCUCCUCCAAUCGAUGACGGGGUCCAUGGAUCACUGUGUGCAUGGGGCGAAAGCAUGUGUGGAGGAGCUGAAAGACAGUAACUGCCAAAAAUCACUCUCGUCCCCCGGUCGGCCGUCACCACUUGACCGCGUCAACACGGCGCCGGUUUUGUCCACCAACCUUCUCGCCACUCCGAGCCUGCGUCGCGGAUCACUAGACAGCAAUCUCGGCGAAGUGGCGCAGGCGGACGAUGAGCCUAUCAUCCAGUACAACAGUCUCGGACGGAGAGGGGCCAAAAGGGAACGCAACGCUUCGGCCGGUGCCGCUCUCAGCACAUCGUCGCCGAAUAAGAGCAGUCCGGUCUCGGCAGGCUUCCCACAACUAUCCCUCCCGACAUUCACUCCCCUAUCCGGCGACUCCUCCCCAACAAAAGUCUUCACCCGCGAAAACUUCUCAUUCGGCGCCGCAGCGCCGAAAUCCAUCAUCAAACAAAACACCAACAACACAUCAAACACCACCACCGAUCGCAGCGGGACACCCACAAGCACCGGGUCCCCGCGAAGCAGCAGCGAGCAAAAACGCCGCGUAGCCUUCCCAACCUCCAAACCCAUCGCGACCGUCCAAUCCGAAUCCGAAACUCCCAUCACCGACCUCCUAGGCGGAGGCGCAACACUCUCCUCACUCUACCCCGACAUCUUUGCCGCAGAAAGCAUGAACAUCGCCUCGGUCCCCGUCAUCGCGCACACGGCGGUGGUGCGCAACCCGGCGGUGUAUGUAGCCGGCGGAGAGGGCGAUGCGGCGAGCGAGAUUGGGAGUGUGGUGGGCACGACGGAGAGUUUGGUGGGGAUGAUUCCGUUGAAGAAGGGGAUGGAUUUGGUGUACGCAAUACACGAUUUCACAGCGAGGAGUGCUAAGGAGAUGAGUUUAAGAAAGGGCGACGUAAUCGAAGUCAAAAAACGCCACGGCACCUGGAUCUACGGCACCAAAUUCACCCGCCGCGCCAAAAUUCCCGGGCCAUCCACUCCAACAACACCCACCGACCCAUCUCCCCUGGGUUCAUCAGACCGUUUCCGCCGUGGCCCGCCACAACAGCAAAACAACAACACCCCCGCCGACGCAAAACCGGAAGUAGGCUGGAUCCCGAUGGCGUUUGUAGCGAAGUUUAGUGCUUCUUGAGAACCACACAAAAACAUCAACAUCAUCAUCUCUCGCUAGGCGUAUCUCCCCCCCCCCCCCCCCC